UUGAUAUCCACAAGGAAAACCUAGCCUAGCUUUCUAGGCAUGCCUUCUGUCACUGAGUUGGAUUCCCUCGCCCUCCCAGCCUAACUUCUUUGACAAGCCAGCGGCCCUGUUUGCUGGACAGUGUGUGUGCGCAGGCUGGACCAGUUGGUACCAGGCCCAGCAUCUCCAAUGCUGAUGCCACCUGACUGGCAACAACAGAGCUGGAGUGCUGAGCUUUGUCUAGUGUUGAAUGUUGCUGCCUGGGGGCAGGGGCUAGGGACAGAGCUCUGUCAGUGUCCUGUUCUUUGGCCAGAAUUACCUGUUUAAUCUCGUUUUCUGCUGUGUGGUCUGUGUUUUCUCCCUCCUUUUCUGGAGUGGCUGGUGUCAGGAGCCUUUUCUUUUCUUUCUUUUUUUUUUUUAAGAUUUAUUUUAUUCCAUGUAUGUAAGUACACUGUCGCUGUCUUCAGACACACCUGAAAGGGACAUCGGAUCCCAUUAUGGAUGGUUGUGAGCCACCAUGUGGUUGCUGGGAAUUGAACUCAGGACCUCUGGAAGAGCAGUCAGUGCUCUUAACUGCUGAGCCCUCUCUCCAGCCCGUCAGGAGCCUUUUCAAUUCUAAGGUUGGAGGUGUCCUCCUUGUCUCUACUGUUGGCUUUAUUUCGAUGUCCGUAAAGUAGCGGUCCUGUUUGUGGGAAUUAGAUGUGAUGUGUAUGUCAGCAAAACUUGCAUAAACCAGAUAGAUAUUCAAAAGAUAUUUUUCGUUCCUUGAACUCUGGAAAUUCCUUUCUUUGGGAUGCUGGGGUAAGCCAGCACGAAAAAGGUAGGAAAUAACUCCUAUCUCAACUUCCACUGGUUAUCAAACCCACGCCAGGCUAAAUAUCCAGCCAGAUGGACCAGCCAGCCCCUAGCAGGAGUUCCUCUCCCCAGAGUGCUGUCAGCAGCCCUCAAGUGUCUAAUGACAAGAGCACAUUGAGCCAGCAAAUAGUGUCUGAGCUGGGAGAACGUAGUCACUGUAGGGAUGUAGCCAUUGUAGAGUCCCAGCUCCUGUUAAUGGAGAUCCAUGCACCCGGAAACUGGAGUGUCCCUCACUGACUCCCAGACUCCCUGGUCCAAUCAAAAGAUUCCUGCAUUGGCCUGCCUUCUAGACUUCAAGGCCUAGGCUGUGCUUUGCUUCUGUCUUGUCUGGACCACACAGAAAAGGUGUCAUGGGAAAGGGGCAAACCAGAGACUGAGGACCAAAUGCAGAUUUUAGCUUUGCACCUUAACCUAGCAGAGAGUUUGGAGAGAGAGAGAGAAAGAGAGAGAGAGAGAGAGAGAGAGAGAGAGAGAGAGAGAGAGAGAGAAGAGAAGAGAAGAGAAGAGAAGAGAAGAGAAGAGAAGAGAAGAGAAGAGAAGAGAAGAGAAGAGAAGAGAAGAGAAGAGAAGAGAAGAGAAGAGAAGACGGACAUCUUGGGGAUCAGGGAGUCCUGUAGGAUUAGGUAUGGGACUUGAGCUGCAGCGGGUUCAGGUGAAGGGCAGAGGCUGUUCAGGAAGGGGAAGUAGCUGGAAGCAAAAACCAGCAAGUGCCAGUAAAUUCCUCUGUCCUGGGCCCAAGGAGGUGUGACCAUCUAGGACACACAGAUCUGUGACCCGGAUCUGAGAUCAGAACCCAGUUGUGUGGCUUUGGUUCUCAUGUUCUUUCCUGUAUCCCUCACUGGAGAAGGGCCAGUAGGAGGGGCGAAUAUGUUUGGAAAUCCCACGCUCUAGGGCCUGUGUGUCCUUUCUGCGUAGCACCUGCUUACCUUUUCAUGACUUAGUUGUACGUCCACUUCCCCCAGGAAGCCUUGACCGCGCCACCGCCGACAUGCCUCCUACUUGCUUGGCCACGUCUUAGUGCUGGUACCACCUUUCUACCCAUGAACCCAUACUGUACUGUAUCCCUGUUACUCUCUCCUGCUGAGCAGAACCGUGUAACCAGCACUUUCACUGCUGUGGGGGGGGGGGAUGGUAAACAGUUGUGGCUCGAUGAGUACUGAAGGGCGUGGUUUGGGGCUCUUUGACAUUUCCUUAGGGGUGCUUUGGUUGCAUGCUGAGGUAGACUUCCUCCAAGGGUGGGUAGACUGGCUUGUUAAUGUCUCUUCUCACCUUGUUCACCCGGGUGGUUGUUAUUUCUGGGCUUAGGACACAAACCAAGGGCCUUAUGUAAGCUCUGUGAAGUCUCUCCACUGAACUGGGUCCUCAAUCUGCUUUGUUUCUGAGACAGGGUCUCACUGGGUAGCCCUGGCUGGCUUAGAAUUCAUCAUGAAGACUAGACUGGCCUCAAAUUCAUGGAGACCCACAUCCCUCUGCUGGGACUAGAAAUGUCCCACUGAUACCUGGCUUUUUUUUGUUCUCUUUUUUGAAGCAGGGUCUUGUCAUGUGGUCCAGUCUGAUCAUAAACCCAUAGUCCUCCUGCCUCAGCCUCCCUAAUGCUAGGGUUUAGAGGUAUGUCCCUCAUCUUUGAGAGUACACUUUUGCAGAACUGGCUGAUCCAGAGCCUUCUCAUUACAGAUAGGCUGGUCACAGACCUGAGUGUCUGGACAGAUAGAACCCAAGAGACCAUCAGCUUUGCAACCCUGGAGGCAGGCCAGCCACCCAGAGCUGGGACAGCACCUUGUUGGAACACUGCCCAGGGCCCUGCUCAGCCGUUUGACCUAAAUGCUCAGCCCCCCCGGGCUCUUUCCUCUCUACCUCACCUCCAGAGAGGGGCCAGGCUAAAGGAGAGGACUCCGAUUGGCUGUGCGCACCAUGGGAAGAGCUGCCCAGGCUGGCCUGGCUGAGUGGCAGGUGUCAAGUUCACAGAGAGAAAGGCUGUUGAAGUUUCACUUUGCAGAAGCUCUGGAAAGGUGGGAGGGACUUCCCCGGUGACCUAGAGACUGAGGCAAGACCCCCAUUGCUUCCCAGGCAUCCCUUCUUUCUUUGUGGAGGACUUCUGUUUUUUUUUUUUUUUUUUUUUCCCACUCUGCUUUUAUUUCGGACUAAGACAAGAAAGAAUUUAGUUACUAAUUUCUGCCAGGAACAGAGUCCAGCUCCAGGAGAGAGGAGGAGAGAUGGCAGUUCUGUCCCCAGUGCCCUGCUUACUCGGCCAAGUUUCAGGUGACCUCUGACCUUGGCACAGAGCUGGUGUCUGAACAGUGUGUGGACAGGUCUGAUGGGGGUCCGACUGACGAGAUGUGUCCCCAUCAAGCAAGGCACUAGAUGGUGACGUGUUCAGUGUGGGAUGAGAUGCCGAAGUGGUACUCAAGGGCUGGCCGAAAUGGGAGCCUGGCUGCACCCUCGGAGGUUGGUGCUAGCAAGGAGGAGAAGCCGCGGCAGGGCUGACUCAAAACAGCUGUGGAGUGUGUGAAUGGCCCCCGGACCCCUAACCGCCCUGUCCAUCAUGAUCCAGAGGCUGUGGGCCAGCCGUCUGCUAAGGCAUCGGAAAGCCCAGCUCCUGCUGGUCAACCUGCUAACCUUCGGCCUGGAGGUGUGCCUGGCUGCUGGCAUUACCUAUGUGCCACCCCUUCUGCUGGAAGUCGGGGUAGAGGAAAAGUUCAUGACCAUGGUGUUGGGCAUUGGCCCAGUGCUGGGCCUGGUUUCUGUUCCACUCCUAGGCUCAGCCAGUGACCAGUGGCGUGGGCGCUAUGGCCGCCGGAGACCCUUUAUCUGGGCUCUGUCCCUGGGUGUCCUGCUAAGCCUCUUCCUCAUCCCGAGGGCCGGCUGGCUGGCAGGGCUACUGUGUUCAGAUACUAGGCCCCUGGAGUUGGCCCUGCUCAUCUUGGGAGUGGGGCUGCUGGACUUUUGCGGCCAGGUGUGCUUUACUCCACUGGAGGCCUUACUCUCCGACCUCUUCCGGGACCCAGACCACUGCCGCCAAGCCUUCUCUGUCUAUGCCUUCAUGAUCAGCCUCGGGGGCUGCCUGGGCUACCUCUUACCUGCCAUUGACUGGGACACCAGCGCCCUGGCCCCCUACCUAGGCACUCAGGAAGAAUGCCUCUUCGGCCUCCUCACCCUCAUUUUUCUCAUCUGUGUGGCAGCCACUCUGCUUGUGGCUGAGGAGGCAGUCCUUGGCCCACCCGAGCCAGCAGAAGGGUUGUUGGUCUCCUCCGUGUCACGCCGGUGCUGCUCAUGCCAUGCUGGCCUGGCUUUCCGGAAUCUGGGUACCCUGUUUCCCCGGCUGCACCAGCUGUGCUGCCGAAUGCCUCGCACCCUGCGCCGGCUCUUUGUGGCCGAGCUGUGCAGCUGGAUGGCACUUAUGACUUUCACACUGUUCUACACGGACUUCGUGGGAGAGGGGCUGUACCAGGGUGUCCCCAGAGCAGAGCCAGGUACCGAGGCCCGGAGACACUAUGAUGAAGGCAUUCGAAUGGGCAGCCUGGGGCUCUUCCUGCAGUGUGCCAUCUCCCUGUUCUUCUCCCUGGUCAUGGACAGGCUGGUACAGAAGUUCGGCACACGGUCAGUCUACCUGGCCAGUGUGAUGACCUUUCCCGUGGCUGCCGCUGCCACGUGCCUGUCCCACAGCGUGGUUGUAGUGACAGCCUCAGCUGCCCUCACCGGGUUCACCUUCUCAGCCUUGCAGAUCCUGCCUUACACGCUCGCCUCCCUCUACCAUCGAGAGAAGCAGGUGUUCCUGCCCAAAUACCGAGGGGACGCUGGAGGUGGUAGCAGUGAAGACAGCCAAACAACCAGCUUCUUGCUAGGCCCUAAGCCAGGAGCUCCCUUCCCCAAUGGACACGUGGGCCCUGGCGGCAGCAGCAUCCUGGUGCCCCCACCUGCACUCUGUGGGGCCUCUGCCUGUGAUGUCUCCAUGCGAGUGGUAGUGGGUGAGCCACCUGAAGCCAAGGUUGUUACUGGACGGGGCAUUUGCCUGGACCUUGCCAUCCUGGACAGUGCCUUUCUGCUGUCCCAGGUGGCUCCGUCCCUGUUCAUGGGCUCCAUUGUCCAGCUGAGCCACUCUGUCACUGCCUAUAUGGUAUCAGCUGCAGGCUUGGGUCUGGUCGCCAUUUACUUUGCUACACAGGUAGUGUUUGACAAGAAUGACUUGGCCAAAUACUCACUGUAGAAUUCUGUAAGGCAUCAAAGAAGAGGAUCUGCCUCCCCGGUUCUCAGCCCCAGAGGGCUGCAGAGCUGGUCUCUUUCCGGUCUCUGUUGCCCUGAGUGGCUCUCCACUGCCAUCCGAAGGCAGUGAGGUGUAUGGCUGCACAGGUUGGAGCUUUUGGCUCUGGCUUCAGAGUCUGCCUGGCCUCCUGGCGGCUUCCCACUUGGGUCUGAAGUUCUGCAGGGAUGCAAAUGCAGUCUGUAUAGGUGCUUUAUCAAGGCUCCAAGUGAACGGCUAACCUCCUGCUUGAGUCACCAGAGGAAGGGCAUGGGGGGCCCGAAUGAACUUCCCCUUCAAGUCCCUUGUCCAGUUCCUGCCGCUGUGGCUCUUGCAUGAGCGUUUCCUCCAUGGGGCUCUACGCCCUCCACGGGCCUCCACGGGGCUUCACGGGGCGGAAGUUGGAAGGACCCUAGUGGGCAAGAUGAAGCCUCGCGAUCCACAGCGCUGCCUUUCUGCUGAGCCCCCCACCCCCACUCAUUUCAGGAAAUGGCUCGGCUUGUCGGCCCUUGCAUUGACACGGGCCUUUAAAUAUUUAACUUAUUUAUUAACGAAUAAGAAGGAAAUUCAUACCCAGCCUUUUUAACGUUGUGCCUAGGAGUUGAGUAGGGUGGGAUCCCCCAAAACUGGUUCCCCCGAAAUAGUUGGUCACUGUGCUAGAUAUUGCCAGACUCCUCUUCCGGGGUGAUAGAUGUGGUCCCCCAAACCGCCCAGUACCUUGGGCAAUCUAUUCUUCCCGAUUGAGAGCCAUAAGAUGCCCCGACUCAAGACUGGCCAUUGAGGGAAAGUGGAAUGGGACCCAAGGUCUCCUCAGCCUUCUAAAACCCAAUUUUCUCUUGACCUAAUUGGUUCCCUGAUUGCUCGCUGCUCCCUAUGGGAAUGGACCAUGAAGAGAUUGCCCUUCCAAGUCUAGCCACUGGCUUCAGGACCUCUCUGUGGGGCUUGUUGAACCCUAAGCACAAAUGUGUUUCCUUAGGCCUCUGCCCAUCUCAGCCUCUGGGGCAAAUCUGUCACAGCCUGGGGAAAUCUCACACAAACUCAGGAGUACUCCCCGCCAGAGCCAGUGAGCUCAUCGUGUCUGGGGGGGAGUUCAGUGCUGAUUGCAAUAAUGUUAUCUAUGUCUUAUUUAUUUAGCAGAGUAAAUAUUUUAUACCGUAUGUGAUAAAUCAGAGUAUAAUGUUUAUGGUAAUGAAAUUAAAAGCUUCGUAUAUGUUUACUUGA